AUGAGAGAGCUACAGCUUUCGUUGAACCAAACCCAGAAGGUUCGGCUACAGAGAGCUCUCGAAAAGCUUGAGUCUUUGUCUUCAAAGGCCAAUUCCAAUGCUUCUGUUACUGUCGCCGAUUCAAUCCCUGUUAACUACGAAGACGGCCUUCUCAAGGGACAUGGGACCGCUGAAUUCAAUGGUGAAGUUGUUGCCACCGUUUGCGGUAUCGUCGAGCGCGUCAAUAAGCUGGUCUAUGUGCGUGCUCUAAGGGCCAGGUACAAGCCAGAGGUUGGAGAUAUCAUAGUGGGGCGUGUUAUUGAGGUUGCUCCAAAGCGUUGGAGAGUGGAGAUAAACUAUAGCCAUGAUGCAGUGUUGAUGCUUUCUUCAAUGAACUUACCUGACGGCAUCCAGAGGCGACGAACUGCUCUGGAUGAACUCAACAUGCGCAGCAUUUUUGAGGAGAAUGAUGUCAUUUGUGCUGAAGUUCGUGGUUUUCAACAUGAUGGUUUACAUCUCCAAGCAAGAAGUCAGAAGUAUGGAAAGCUUGGAAGGGGUCAAUUGCUGACAGUCCCUCCUUAUCUGGUGAAAAGACGCAAGCAGCACUUCCAUCAUUUAGAAAAUUAUGGUAUUGACCUGAUAAUUGGCUGUAAUGGAUUCAUCUGGGUUGGGGAACAUGUUCACGUGACAGACGAUAUGGUAGUGGAUCAAGUGAACAAGUCUGAACAAGAUGAUGCCAAACCUGAUGAAAAUUCCAUUAGUCCCGAAGAUCAAGAGAAAAACUACACUCGGCAAGAGACAAGAGGGAACAUAUGCAGGGCUGCAAAUGCUAUCCGCGUAUUGUCUACUUUAGGCUUCAAUAUUACUGUAGAAGUAAUCACGGAGACGGUGGAUUUGAGCACUUCUAUAAAUGUUGCUAUACAUGAAAUGCUCGGUUCAGAGUUCUAUGUUUUGGUUGCAGAGAAGGAGUCUGUAAGGCGAAGCAUGACAAAAAAAAAGUGA